UGGUGUCGCCUUUCAUUGUUCGUGUCAUGUUGUCCGCGAGAGUGACGCGCGUCCGCGGGAGCUGCCGCCCAUGUCAUCACAGUCCUCGCCUGCUCUGAUUGCACAGCUCGUGCCUUGUAUCGUCGCAGUCCGCCGCUGUUCUGGCUCUUCCAGGCGCUUGGCCUCUGCGGUACCGUUUCCACUCUUCCCUUCAGUUGCACCUCAGUGCAGGCGCUCCCAGCGGCCAACACGUUGCUACCAUCACCACCACGCGGGGAAGAUUUCAGUAUUUGUGUCUGCAGGCGCUUGCACGGAUGUUCGCUCCCGUUGCAGUGGUGUUGGCCCUGGUCAGCGCUGUGCAUGUGCGCGCGGAGGGAGAAGCCUACACGACGGAGCUUGCGGAAGAGGUGAUCUCCUGGACGCAGGAGGUCUUGCCGAUGCCGUGGGACGUUCCGCGGGCGUGCCGUAAUCCAGAGAGGAGGGUUCACGUGAGCACCGACAAUAGGCAACCUAGUGACGACGCUCGCACAAGCCUCGUAGAGCCUGCGCGCUCGGUGCGCACUGGGGCGAGUUGCCACCUUCAGACGAACUCCGACGCUGUACUUUUUCAAGGCGUGGCACCCCAGAGUCCACGACCCCCUCGACCAGUUUUUCGUCGUGGGGUCGCCCUUGCUGGUUUUGGUGCUGGGAAAGGACCCCCCGAGGCCGAAACGGCGCAGCGACCGCCCGCCGUCUUUGCGUGCUCUUCUGCGACCCCUGGAGACCUCGGUUCUGCGAUGCUCUUCCAGGGAGUUUGCCCAGAAGGACGGCGCGAGGCGACGCCGAGGCGGGUGCGUCCUCGGCCCCAUCCGUGCCCGCAGCCGCCCAACGGCAGCGGCACCGGCCGUGCACCGCCCACUGUGCAGUCGAGUGGGCGCGCCCCUGGUGCUGAGCGCGCCUGUGUGCGAGAGCAUUUCUGAACCCCCUGGCGAGAACGGUCGUCACCGAAGGGGGGUACGGUGCCGUUUUUAAUACAUGCUCCGCGUGCGGAUCAUGUAUUGACAAUGCAGGG